AACAGAGUGUGAGAAAGCGAUUGCAGAGUCAACUAUGACUCAUGAGUCUGAACGAGGCCGUUGUCAAUUAUGGUGAACAUGCGGCCUGCACCUGUGCUUAUCUACCGUGGGCCUCCGAACUACCCAUCAGCCACUCCCUGUCAUAUUCCCCCCCUUCAAGAUGGAGCACGAACGUCGCAGUUUUCUCCUCUCUCCAGAGGACUACAAGCAGCAGGUCUCUGAGAUCGAGGCCCGAAUCAAAGAGCUGGAAGGAGAACUGGAUGCUGAUCUGAAAAAGAAAGCUGGCGAGAGGCUUCACAGAUUGCUGCGUAGGAUCCACACAUGGGAUUCGUGGUACAAGAGCAUGUUCUAUGCGGUCAUGGCGGACCGUACACAAUCUCAGCCUCCACCCAGCGUCAUUCUCAAACAAAUCUGGGACCAGUACCAAUUGGAGUCUCUGACGCUGAGAUACCAACGCGAAAGCAGACAGAGCACCAACAUUUCCAUUUAUGGCGGCUCGGAAAAUACACAGCAGUCACCAAGCCCUGCGUACGCUCCCAGUUUCCAAGGAUAUCCGAGUCCUGGAGGCCUAGGCCAGGCUGUGCCAGCCCAUGCAGCACACCCCCAAGGACUUCCGAUGAGAAUGUUGUCCCAGUCGGCCAGGGCGCCUGCGGCGCAAGGCGAAUAUCAGCCUUCGGCUGGGCGUGGUGGGUUGGCGAGGCUGGCGCCAACCCCGUUGGAGAACAGCCCCUCCAACUCACUUCGCAGUCAGACCAGCUCAAACCUAUUCGAUCUUCAAGAUAUGGAGUGAUUCAUUCUUGUGGUCUCCGUCUCCCAAUCUGUACUUGUCGCGAUCGAUGUUCCUAUAAACCGUGGUCGUCUAUGAAAUUGUCUGUCCGAUAAACCUGAAAGGUUUAUGCGAAUCUAAUGGAACGAA